CCUUCUUCACCCAAGUUCUCACGCCUCGCGGAGAAAAGAGACGGAUCGAUUCGACUCGAGGAACAAGUUCGGCGCUCAUGGCGUACGUCGAUCACGCCUUCUCCAUCUCCGACGAGGACAUCUUCAUGGGCGACUCCGGCCGUGCCAACCGCAACCGCCCCCCUGUCAAGGAGAUCGCCUUCGCCGUCUCUCUCCUCGUCUUCGGCUUCGUCGGCAUCGUCGUCGGCUCAAUCAUGGCCGCCGACCGCAUCGGCGGCGAUCGCGCCCACGGGGUUUUCUUUGCGAUACUGGGGUCGGUGCUGUUUCUGCCAGGGUUCUACUACACGAGGAUAGCUUAUUACGCGUACAAGGGUUAUAAAGGCUUCACCUUCGACAACAUUCCUACGGUCUGAAGGUGGUUCUGAAUCUUUCAAUCGUGAGGGAUUCGGCUCUGCUUAGAAACAAAAGAUGGCUCACGGUUCACUUGGGGCCUAAUUUAGAGGCUAUCUUGUGGUUAAAACGAAUAUAUAAUGAUCUGGGAUGUGGAUAAGAAAUAUAAACUGAGUUGUUAGUUUGAUGUGAGCCUGUACUCAACAUUCUUGUGUAUGCUUCUUUAAUGCUUUCUCAUUGCGGUAGACACAAUGUCAACAGAUAAAAACUAUGUUCUCCUUUUAUUAGUUGAUGUCAAUCUAUUUAUGUGCAUCUCCA